AUGCCCGGAAAACGCACUGCAAAGAAAAGCCCUGCGCCAGAAGACGAAUCUCCUGCCAGGAAGAAGCUUAAAGUCAGCCACCCGUCCCACCGGACGCAGCCCGGGCUGGUGCUUUCGCUGGGGCAGGGGGACGUCGGCCAGCUGGGCCUGGGCGAGGGCGUGAUGGAGAGGAAGAAGCCGGCCCUGGUGCAGCUGCCGGAGAUGAUCGUGCAGGCGGAGGCCGGAGGGAUGCACACCGUGUGCCUCAGCGAGACGGGCAAGAUCUACACCUUCGGCUGCAACGACGAAGGCGCCCUCGGGCGCGACACCUCGGCAGAAGGGUCUGAGACCACGCCGGGGCUGGUGGAGCUGCAGGAGAAGGUGGUGCAGGUCUCGGCGGGGGACAGUCACACAGCGGCGCUGACGGACGACGGCAGGGUUUUUGUCUGGGGCUCUUUCCGGGAUAACAACGGGGUGAUAGGCCUGCUGGAGCCUAUGAAGACGAGCUCUGUUCCUGUGCUCCUCCAGCUCAGCUCACCUGUCGUCAAAAUUGUCUCAGGGAACGACCACUUGGUGAUGCUGACGAUGGAUGGCGACCUGUUCACGUGCGGCUGCGGCGAGCAGGGCCAGCUGGGGAGAGUGCCGGAGCUCUUCGCCAACCGAGGAGGGCGGAAGGGGCUGCAGCGCCUGCUGGUCCCGCAGCGUGUCCCUGUCAGAGGCAGAGGCAACAAAGGCAAGAUGCGCUUCCAGGACGCCUUCUGUGGGGCUUACUUCACCUUUGCCGUCACGCAGGAAGGACACAUCUACGGCUUCGGCCUCUCCAACUACCACCAGCUGGGGACCCAGGGCACCGAGCCCUGCUUCUCCCCGCAGAACCUGACGUCCUUCAAGAACUCCACCAAGUCCUGGCUCGGGUUCUCCGGCGGGCAGCACCACACCGUCUGCGUGGACUCGGAGGGUAAAGCCUACAGCCUGGGCCGGGCCGAGUACGGCCGGUUAGGCCUCGGGGAAGGGGCAGAAGAGAAGAGCACACCCACCGUCAUCCCCGACCUCCCCAGCAUCUCUUCCGUGGCGUGCGGCGCGUCGGUCGGCUACGCUGUCGGCAGCGACGGACGAGCUUUUGCCUGGGGCAUGGGCACCAACUACCAGCUGGGCACGGGGGAGGAGGACGACGUCUGGAGCCCCGUGCAGAUGACGGGCAAGCAGCUGGAAAACCGCCUGGUCCUGGCCGUGUCCAGCGGAGGCCAACACACUGUCCUGCUGGUCAAGGACAAGGAGCAGAGUUGAUGAAGCAGCAGGAGCACAGCGGGAUCGCGGGGCCCGCGCACACACCCACCUUCUGCCCUUGGCCGCUUUUUGGGAGGCUGGUUCCUGACGCAGACCACGUCAGGGAAGGCAGGGGGGCCCCUGGAGCCAGGCCCCGAGGUGUCCUGGCGGCGUCUGUGUGGCUGGAGCAGGGAUCUGCAGGGGUGCUCGUGUUUUCUGUCUGCGAGCGUCUGUCUUCCCGCGGUACCAGGCGCUCCGUCAGCUCCUCCACUUCAGCUUGGUCCUAAACCGAUCUCAGUGCUGUGACUAGAUGGGUUUCCCACCUUUUUUUUUUUAUCAUUAUUAUUACUUUUAAUAUUUCCUGGCCCAGCAAAGCUGAGUGCCUUGUGCUUCACUACACAGGAGGGUUUGGGCAUCAGGCUUCCUGAGGUUCCCUUGUUCCAAAGUCCCCAGGUGCUGCCCCCAUCCCCUUCACCUGAACAUCUUCUACCUCUGUGCCCAGAUCUGUUACAGAUUUGCCUGCUGCCGCCCACCAAAGCCCCCUGGGCAUGUUAGGGUGACGCCUCAGUGCAGCAGAACCAUUCCCGUGUGGCGGGGACGCGAGGAGGGAGCUCUCCGUUAGUUUCCCUCUCGCACACGCUUCUUGCAGCGGCGCAGAGGUGCUGAGGGUUGGCCCGGCUGGAUUCGUGUGCCCACGGUGGGUGUUGUGGCCUGGGGAGGGGGGGCUGCAGCUGGGUGCUGCCCGUUACACGUGGAGCAGGUGCUGGAAGUGGGACUCUUGCUGCUGGAGAAGGUGGGCGCCUCCCUCCCACCCUUCGCCUCCGAGUCUGAGCCAAAACCCCACAAGAAGCAAGGCCAGGAGCAGGAUGAAACACUUCCCAACCUCCCUCCCUCCAUCUCUUUUCUACAAUCUUCCACUUCUGCUCUUUGCUCCGGUCACCUUGGGAAACCCAACAAGACCAGUGCCACGGAGGGGACUCGGUCCUAAUUUUCUCUGUUUCAUUUUCUCCACCUGGUGAGGAAGGAGCUUCACUUGCUGCGAAGGCAGAACCCAAAGCCAGCUCUGCACCUAAUCCCUCCAAACAACGGGACGCUCCCCGUCGCCUCCGGUUCUUGCUCCAGCUGCUCUCGCCCCCUGUGCCCGGCCCGCCCCGGUUUUUCUUUCCGUGCUGCCUUCCAGGUACCUGGACUGAGAAGGGGGGGCUCCGAGGACAGAUUUUAGGCGUUGUGACAGCGCCAGGGGGAAGCGGUGGGUGUGUGCGCGGGGCGGGGGGGCUGGGGGUUGUACAAUGGCUUAGGUCGAAUUUUUUAAAGAAAAUGUAAAGUAUUUUGGUUGUUUGAGGACGAGAGGAAAAAAAAAAAGUAAUCUUUUAACGUUUGGAAUAAACUGAGUUUUGAUAAAC